UCUAAAAAAAAAAAAUUAAAAAGAAAACAAGAAUGGCAUCAAAGAGCAUGACCACAAAAAUGGCACUUGUCCUAGCAUUCAACAUAAUCCUCGUCUCCCACCUGACCAAACCAGCACAGGCCCAAGUCGGCAUUUCCAUUUGCCCGAGGAGUCUCCUGCAAAUCGGAAGCUGUGCCAUUGAACUCCUCAGUGUCGUGAAUAUCGGGUCGAGCGGCGGUGGCGUGACCGUUGACGUGGGUGCACCGACCGGCCUUCUCCCGAAGCUCACGGCCUGUUGCUCCCUCCUCAGAGGCCUCACCGACUCUCAGGCCGCGGCCUGCAUCGGGGUCUCGGUCGGGACCAGUGUUCCCGGGCUCACCAUCAAUGAUCAAGUGAAUCUGACUAGCAUCGUCCGCAGCCUUUGCAAUCGUCUUAACCAGUGAUCGAUCGGCUUCAACAAAAGCAUAAAACUGACGGUCAAAACCCUUCAUACUAUAUAUAUAUAACGAAAUGAAUAAUGGAAUAAUGGUAUAGUGCUUGCUUGCCUGCCUGCGUAGAAUAACCAUGAAGUAUGGUACGUUUUAUACAUUUUAUGUUUAUUUCAGCAAAAAUAAAAAAUAAACAUAUCUUGUAAGAAAAGUAACCAUGAAUAAAAAAACGUACCUCUUGACGUUCUUUGUUUCGAGUA